AUGUCUUUGUGGGGUCUGGUCUCCAAGAUGCCCCCAGAAAACCUGCAGCGGCUCUAUGUCGACUUUCCUCGACACCUGCGGCACCUCCUGGGUGACUGGCUAGAGAACCAGCCCUGGGAGUUCCUGGUUGGAUCAGAUGCUUUCUGCUGCAACAUGGCCAGCGCCCUACUCUCAGCCACUGUCCAGCGCCUUCAAGCCACAGCUGGAGAGCAGGCGGAGGGGAGCACCGUUUUGCAACACAUCAGCACCCUGGAGAGCAUUUACCAGAGGGAUCCUCUGAAGCUGGUGGCCACAUUCAGACAAAUACUUCAAGGGGAGAAAAAAGCUGCUAUGGAACAGUUUCAUCACCUGCCCAUGCCUUUCCACUGGAAGCAGGAAGAACUCAAGUUUAACACAGCUCUGCAGAGGCUACAACACCGUGUGGGCGAAAUCCACCUUCUCAGAGAAGCCCUGCAGCAAGGAGCAGAGGCUGGACAAGUGUCUCUACACAGCUUGAUAGAAACUUCUGCCAAUGGGACUGGGCAAAGGGAGGCCCUGCCCCUAUUGCUACAGGAGUCAGUGGGGGAGCUAGAGGCGGCUCAGGCCCUGGUGCUAAAAAGGAUCCAGAUUUGGAAACGGCAGCAGCAGUUGGGAGGGAAUGGCGCACCUUUUGAGGAGAACUUGGCUCCGCUGCAGGAGAGGUGUGAGAGCCUGGUGGACAUUUAUUCCCAGCUGCAGCAGGAGGUGGGGGCAUCUGGUGGGGAGCUUGAGGCCAAGACCCAGGCAUCACUGAUUAACCGGCUGGAUGAAGUCCUGCGAACUCUGGUCACCAGCUCUUUCCUGGUGGAGAAGCAGCCCCCCCAGGUUCUGAAGACUCAGACCAAGUUCCAGGCUGGUGUCUGGUUUCUGCUGGGCCUGCGGUUUCUGGGGGCCCCAGCCAAGCCUCCACUGGUCAGGGCUGACAUGGUGACUGAGAAGCAGGCGAGGGAGCUGAGCAUGCCCCAAGGGCCCGGCACUGGAGUAGAAAGCAGUGGGGAGAUCAUCAACAACAUGGUACCCCUGGAGAACAGCAUUCCUGGGAACUGUUGCUCUGCCCUAUUCAAAAACCUGCUUUUGAAAAAAAUCAAGCGAUGUGAGCGGAAGGGUACCGAGUCGGUCACUGAGGAAAAGUGUGCGGUGCUUUUCUCCACCAGCUUCACACUCGGCCCCAACAAACUUCCCAUUCAACUCCAGGCCCUAUCUCUGCCCCUGGUGGUCAUUGUGCACGGCAACCAAGACAACAAUGCCAAAGCCACCAUCCUGUGGGACAAUGCCUUUUCUGAGAUGGAGCGUGUACCCUUUGUGGUUGCUGAGCGGGUGCCCUGGGAGAAGAUGUGUGAAACUCUGAACCUCAAGUUCAUGGCCGAAGUGGGGACCAACAGGGGGCUGCUCCCAGAGCACUUCCUCUUCUUGGCCCAGAAGAUCUUCAAUGACAACAGCCUCAGUAUGGAGGCCUUUCAGCAUCGUUCUGUGUCCUGGUCACAGUUUAACAAGGUCAUUCUCCUGUCUUCAAAUUUCCCACCCCCAAGCUCCUCAUGUGAGAGCAUCCUCCACUCAGGGACAACCCCUGGCAUCUUUACUGGGCUGAUCAUCGGCUUCAUCAGCAAACAGUAUGUUACUAGCCUUCUUCUCAAUGAGCCGGAUGGGACCUUCCUCCUACGCUUCAGUGACUCAGAGAUUGGGGGCAUCACCAUUGCCCACGUCAUCCGGGGCCAGGAUGGCUCUCCACAGAUAGAGAACAUCCAGCCAUUCUCAGCCAAGGACCUGUCCAUCCGCUCACUGGGGGACCGAAUCCGUGACCUUGCUCAGCUCAGAAACCUCUAUCCUAAGAAACCCAAGGAUGAGGCUUUCCGGAACCACUACAAACCUGAACAGAUGGGCAAGGAUGGCAGGGGUUAUGUCCCAGCCACCAUCAAGAUGACUGUGGAAAGGGACCAACCGCUUCCUGCCCCAGAGUCCCAUAUGCCUACCAUGGUGCCCACUUAUGAUGUUGGAAUGGGCCGUGAUUCCUCCAUGAACAUGCAGCUUGGCUCAGAUAUGGUGCCCCAGGUGUACCCACCACACUCUCAUUCGAUACCCUCAUAUCAAGCUCUCUCCCCGGAAGAAUCAGUCACCAUGUUGCCAACUUUCCAGGAACGUCACUUGCAGGUGCCCCCCAGCCUGGGACAGAUGAGCCUCACCUUCGACCAACCUCACACUCAGGGUCUGCUGCCGUGCCAGCCUCAGGAACAUGCUGUGCCCACACCUGAGCCCCUGCUUUACUCAGAUGUGGCCAUGGCGGAAGACAGCCAUCUGGGCCAGCAGGUGGGAGGGUUCCCUCAAGGAUCCUGGGUUGGUGAAGACACAUUACCUCUCCUACUGCCUCCCACUGAACAGGACCUCAACAAGUUGCUCCUGGAAGGGCAAGGGGAGCCAGGGGGCAGGCCUCUGGGAGCCCAGCCCCUCCUGCAGCCCCCCACCUAUGGGCAGUCUGGGAUCUCCAUGUCCCAUCCGGACCUAAGGGCCAACCCCAGUUGGUGA